UCAGCUCAUGAUAUAGGCGUAAUCUGCGAGACUGUAUUGCUUGAGGCCCAUACUCUCUGGCAGAUUGCAACUUCAGGAUGCUACACGAGGUUGGACACGUAGUCAGGAAACUACCUGGAUAUUAUGUAGAUAUAAAGCGCACGAGGCUGAGACGCAGCCUCGCAGGACAAUAGCCUUCGGCUAGUGACUAGGCUGAGAAACAAUGCAUGAUACUUGAUCUUCCUCUUGAAUCCCACCAUAAUCCUUCAAAAUGAGUGGUCUCCCAAGUUAUGAUGAUGAUCUUCUUGCGCGACUAAAUGCCCUCAAAAAAUCAAAUAUUCAACUUGAUCCAUCCAAACCCAGACCUUUGACAGACACUGCAAAGAAGGAAACCCCUGAAUCCGAUCUCUCAGCACGAUUAAGAAGCCUUCGAAAUGGCUCUGCAUCUCCGUCUCCAGCACCCAAACCGACAACGGCAAUACGGAGCAAUUCAGAAGCCUCGGCCUUUCCAUCUACUCCAUUAGACGAACCAGAGUCAGAUCCUCUUAGACACCCAACGGACAUAGACGACAAGACCCUCGAUGAGCUUUUAGCUGAUCUUGGUCCAGAGGACCAAUGGACUCUGAAUCCUGACGACCCAGCUGACAUUCAGAAGCUUCUGAAUGAAGCCAAGAAUGCCCUACCCAGUGAAAAAGCUGAGCCUAGCUCCAAGGACGAUGAAGAGGCAGGAGAAGCAUCAAGACCGGGAGACAAGAAGCCGGACAAAGAGUACUUAAUCCGAGAUCUUGACAUGUCGGCCUUUGCACUGGAUGACGGCGAGCCACAAGCCAAGGACACAAAGCAUGGUUCGAAGCUUGAAGACGAAUCACGUGAAGCACAAGAUAUUGUAGCCAGAUUACUCGAUGAAGUGAACCUUGAGAAGGCCGCAGAGAGGGAAGAUCAAGGAAACUCUCCAGGUGCACCAACAGAGAAAGAUGAAGAAGAAAGUACGCUUUCACUCCCAUCAGCUCCCACGAAGCUCCCGGAUCUUUCAGUAGAUCCAGAAACCAGCAAGAACUCUCUAGAUUUCGAAUCAGACAUCACUGCACGAAUGGCGGCUCUGAGAGGACUUGGGGCUACGGAUUCGCUUGGGCUUCCAUCUGCGCCGACUUUCAAGCCGUCGGAUAAGCCUGUGAAUGGGGUCAUGAAGAAAUACACAGACGAGGAGGUCGAUACAUGGUGUAUCAUUUGUCAAGACGAUGCUACUGUGAAGUGUAUCGGUUGUGGUGGAGAUCUCUAUUGUGCGAAUUGUUGGAAGGAGGGUCAUAUGGGACCUGAUGUUGGGUAUGAGGAGAAGAUGCAUAAAUGGACGAAGUAUAAGAAAAUGAAUUAAGGAUAGACAUCUCUUCACGACUCGACAAGAGUUGCGAAAAUGGGCGAAAAUCAUUAUAAUGCAACGCUCGUACAAUUUGAUUGACAUCCUACUCGUAUACAUAAACA